CGUUGCACAGUAUCUCAGAACCAAAAACCAAAGCAUUAUCAGCUUUCUCUUUUCGAUAUGUCUACGUCAAAGCUUUUCUCUUCUUUCUUUCUCUGUUUCAUGUUUGUUCUUUUUGUCCUAGACCCCGCAAAUGCACAGGGACUAAAAGUUGGGUUUUAUGCAAAGACGUGCCCAGAAGCCGAGUUCAUAGUUAAAAAGGUUAUAACUCAAACUAUGUCAGUAGCACCUUCACUUGCUGGCCCUUUGCUGAGAAUGCACUUCCACGAUUGCUUCGUUAGGGGUUGUGAUGGCUCUGUGCUUUUGAAUUCUUCAACAAAACAAGCUGAAAAAGACGCAGUUCCGAAUCUUAGCCUUCGGGGAUUUCAAAUUAUCGAUAAUGUCAAGUCUGCACUUGAAAAAGCGUGUCCUGGUGUAGUUUCAUGUGCAGACAUCGUGGCUUUAGUAGCUAGGGAUGUGGUUGCCGCGAGUAAGGGACCAUCCUGGGAAGUUGAAACUGGAAGAAGAGAUGGAAGAAUCUCAAACUUGAUAGAGGCCCUGCUAAAUCUAAUUCCGCCGUUUGCUAACAUUACUAUAUUGAAAAAUGAUUUCCUACAAAAGGGUCUAAGUGUAAAAGACCUAGUAGUGUUGUCAGGUGGACACACAAUUGGGACUUCUCACUGCUCUUCCUUCACUAACCGUCUUUACAACUUCACCGGAAAGGGCAUCGUGGGCGAUGCCGAUCCUACAUUGGAUCCCAACUAUGUUUUAAGAUUGAAGAGCAGAUGCAAGCCAAACGAUGUGACUACACUGGUAGAAAUGGAUCCAGGAAGCUUCAAGACAUUUGAUGAAGAUUACUACACUCUUGUGGCUAAGAGAAGGGGUCUCUUCCAAUCAGAUUCAGCUCUUCUUAAUGAUCCUGAGACGAAAGCGUAUGUCAAACUUCAAGCCUCUACUCAUGGAUCUACUUUCUUUAAAGACUUUGGAGUAUCAAUGGUGAAUAUGGGUCGGAUUGGAGUUCUCACAGGAAAUGCUGGUGAAAUCAGGAAACAAUGCAGCAGGGUUAACUAAUUAAGGACUAGGUGAUUAAACCUAGCUAAGAACAGAAAUGCAAGAAGUUUCUUACAUUGUCACGGUUGUGCUCUUAAAUAAACUGGGUUUUUCAAUGUUAUAUGAGCUUUAUUAAUAUUGUUUGGUCAUUCCAAAAUUAAAUUUCAGAAAUAAAAUUUUUGUUUGAUUGG